AUGGAACAGCUGCUUUGCAAUCGAUCCAAAGAAGCCAGUGACGCUCUGGCUGUUAUCGAUGGAGAGCAUCGUUUCACAUAUCGUGAUCUUCUAGUCAAAGCCGACGUUCUGGCGGCGGACCUGCUCGAGAAAGGUCUAGGUACUGAAGAGCCUGUAGGUGUUGUUGUUGGGCCAGGCUGGCAGCAAAUUAUUGCUCAGGUUGCCAUCCUGAGAGCAGGGGGAACCUCUGUACCCAUUGAUCCCUCUGCCCCUGACAUACAACUCCAUGCCAUGCUUGGUAAUUUAAGCACUCGAUUCGUCAUGACAACAAACAAUUUAUCGGGCAGAGUCUCUCAAUUUGAUGUCCUGCCCAUCGAAACGGUUUUGAACCCUGAAUACCAGACAGAGAAACACGGUGAAAUCAAUGCGAUGUCUGGGAAAUCGGACGGCCACAGAAGUCAUAUUCUUCAUACAUCUGGCUCAACCGGAAUGCCCAAGGCUGUUCAAAUUUCUGCGAAGGCUGUGCUUCACCUCGCCGCAUCACUCCCCGUAGAUAUUGGGGAAGGCGAUAAAGUCGGGCAGCUAAACAACCCGGGAUUUGACCUUUCUUUGUUCGAAGUCUGGAUUACACUGCUUUCCGGUGGUACAGUGGUGCACAUCCCGAAGUCCAUUAUCAAGGAUCCAGUCUCUUUUGCCGCCUUCUUGAAAGACACGGGCGUUACGGCGCUCAUUCUACCCUCCACCCUCUUUACUGCUGUAUCCGCCAGCACUCCUUCUGCUUUCCAAUCCGUUCGUCAUGUUGUGAGUGCAGGAGAGUCGCCCAGUCCUCAGGCAAUGCAAAAGGUUCUCAGCAGUGAUGGCCCUCCUGAAAACUUGUGGAACGGCUACGGACCAACAGAGACAACAUGUCUCUCCACUCUGCAACGAGUGACACUUGAGGAGGCUGAAAGUGGACCCAUUAGUGCCGGAAUACCAUUUGGAGAUACCGUGCUCCACAUCCUUGAUGAAGCCCAGAAGCCAAUUGUCGAUGAAGAAAUUCCUGGUGAAAUAUGUAUUGGAGGGCCAGGCUUAUCCGCAGGAUACCUGAACCACACCGAAGCAAAUGCCGAGAAGUUCAUUAGGAUUGAGAUUGCGGACUCUCAGGACCCUGGACGGGUGAAGAUAACUCGACUGUAUCGGACAGGCGACAUUGGGAUGUGGAAGGGGCUACCGAAACGACUCCAGUACGUUGGGCGCGUGGACCUCCAGGUAAAACACCAAGGUUUCCGUGUUGAGCUAGAGGCAAUCGAGCAGACUAUCGCAGCAAAUGAUAGCGUUCGGGCAGUGGCCUGCUUGCACCAGAAAGCCGGUGAUGGUCCUGGAUCAGACCGUCUUAUAGCAGUUGUUGCCCCAGCAAACGAUAUGCCACUUGACCCCCAAAAGAUCAUCGAAUGGACACAAAACCGCCAUCCCUACUAUAUGGUUCCCAAUUCUCUGAAUUCUCGCGGCAAAGUUGACCGUGACGCCUUGUACAAGGAGAUCAAGGAAUCUCGGCCCUUGAAAUCAACUCAGAAUAACGCGAAAGAUGAGGGCUCCCUUGAAAAGAUUACCAAGAUCUUAGAAGGGAUCCUAGGACUCUCGAAUCUUGGUCCUGACGACAACAUUAUUUCUCUCGGCCUAUCAUCCUUGCAAGUCGCUCGAUUCCUUGGCCUGAUAAAACAAAAGAUUGGAAAAUUGAUAUCAAUCAAGGAUCUAUAUAUCAAUACGAGCAUUAGAUCAUUGGUACAUCACCUACAUCAAGCCGAUGAAAUAAAUUAUGGACCGACCGAAGUCCUACAAUUCGAAGCUGAUACCCAUCUUGCUGAUGAUAUUGAGUUGAUCCCCGAUUGGACAUCCGAAGGUCGCGUAUUCCUUACAGGUGCGACCGGAUUUAUCGGAGUUAACUUGUUGUAUCGUUGGCUCUCCAGGCCAUCUAUGAAGGCGAUUGAAAUAGCAUGUCUCGCUCGGGGCAACGAAAAUUACGCGCCUAUUGACCGAAUCAAGAAUGCCCUCAAGAAAUAUGACCUCUGGAGCGAAGAAGUUUCCCAGGAAAUAAAGAGAGUGAUUGUCCUGGAUGGUGAUAUGACACAGGAACGCCUUGGCCUUCCGCACAGUGACUAUCAGUGGCUCAUUAAUUGGGCACCAGCGGUUUUCCAUGCAGCCGCGAAGGUCAACUGGUGUGAUUCCUACAACGGCCAUUUCGCGCAAAAUGUCCAGGGUACCAAGAAUGUUCUUCGUGUCGCAGCAGAAGGCCGGCGAAAGACCAUGCAUUACAUCUCCAGUAUCGACGUUUGGGCAGUCACUGGACUUAUACUCGGGACAGACGUCGUGUCUGAGGAUGGUCCGCUCAAAGUCCAUCUCGCUUCGCUCCCAUUCGAUACCGGCUAUGCCCAAAGCCAGUGGGUAGCAGACGAGAUGGUUCAAAGAGUGCGCGACAAAGGCCUCCCAGUGACCAUUUACCGCCCCGGGUUCGUCGUCGGCGACAGUAAAACAGGCGCAGGAAACCCAGACGAUUUCUUCGGUCGAUUGAUCGCCGGAUGCAUCAAACUGGGAUACUGGCCACAUAUGCCACACCAGAAUCAGGAAUAUGUCACAGUCGACUACGUCUGCGAUUCGAUUCUUCGUAUCGCUGCAGAUAGUCGCAAUAUUGGCCAUGCCUAUACCCUGAGUUCACCAAACCCAGGCCAAAUUACGAAUAUGGAAAGGUUAUGCGUACUUAUUAACCAGGCUGGUUUUUCGGUUCAAGAAAUUCCGUAUGCAGAAUGGUUGGAGAAAUUGCAAGCGUGGGACGGGUUUGAAUCGAGCCCCUGUUUACCUUUGAUGCCUUUGCUUGCGGAGCCCAUCCUACGUGGUGAUACACGUCUUCAAACAAGCAAGUAUUCGCCGAGGUACGACUGUGCGAAUACCCUCAAGGCAAUUGGCGCUUGCGACGAUAUUCGCUUUGUCCAACUCACACCCGGCCUCGUCAAGAAGUUUAUCGACUUCUGGGCUCGCAAAGGUUUCUACAACUUUUGA